AUGCCGAAACGUGUGACGCUCCUAGAUCCCCCGCCACAGGACCAUUCCAAGGCCCCUAUCGAGAAUGUGCUUGACUUGACGCCGGUGGUGGACCUCGGCCCAGAUGUUUUCACGAAUACACGACCGCUAUGGCAUCCUCCUGGCGCCCGCGGCAUCUACGGCGGCGCUGCCAUUGCCCAGUCCCUAUCAGCUGCCAUGCGAACUGUCCCUUCCGAUUUCGCUGUCCACAGCAUGCACUGCUACUUCGUCCUUGCCGGCGACUCCGAGAUACCUAUCCUAUACCACGUGGAACGAGUACGCGACGGGCGAAGCUUCAUAACCCGCACCGUACAGGCGCGUCAGCGUGGACGCCCAAUCUUCACCACGACCCUCAGCUUCAGUAGGGUCGGCAGUGGUGGAGAGAAGACCAUUACACAUGCAGUUCCUAUGCCAGACGUAUCUCUGCCCAAAGAUCCGCUGCCUGGAACCGUGCAGGCUUUGAACAAUGUGGGCGGGGGUCCAUUUGAGUCAAGGAAGGCGGGCAUCGUCAAUCGCAAUUCACCCAAUCCCGAGGACAAGAAGGUGCGAAGAUUUGUUAGGUCACGAGGCCACAUCUCCGAGGAGGGUGGUUUCCAGGCCCAUCUGUCGGCCCUUGCCUACGUCACCGACAGCUACUUCAUCGGUACGGUCUCGCGAGUUCACGAUAUUCCCCGAUUCUCGUCUCCAGCGGAACUCCAGAAACUACUCAAGGCAUUGAAGAACCCCUCCGACCUCGACGAUGAGGAUAUCACCAAAGCAUUGAAGGAACUCAAGGAGGAGGAGGCAGCCGAUUUGCGCCGUAGACUGCAAGGCGCCCUGGACAACGCGACUCAAGGUAAAAAUAAAGCCGAGAAAGAAGUAGGCAUGAUGGUCAGUUUAGACCAUUCUAUCUAUUUCCAUAACCCGCGUGCUUUCCGAGCCGACGAGUGGAUGUUCAUUGAGAUGGAGAGCCCGUGGGCUGGGGAAGGUCGUGGACUGGCUAUUCAAAAGAUCUGGUCACAGGAUGGGACUUUGAUUGCCACCUGUACCCAAGAGGGUGUUAUCCGCUUGAAGCAGGAUAAGCCACCCCUGUCAAAGAUCUAA